CUUCCCAAGUAUCAGGAUUUGCAAACUAAGGGUCAACGUAAUCUCAGUAAGGCCCUUAUAGCAACAAGCUAGAACUAAAUCGAAGUGAAAUUUGGCCUUCGGAGGCCAAAUUUAAUCCAAAUAUAGAACGUGGCAGCUGAAUCCAGAGAAGACAAGGAAUUAGUUGAAAGAGAGGUCCGGGCCAGCCAAAUCCAAGAUUUCCGGGGACACAACGGUUUACUAAAGAUGAGCUAAUCUCCAGGAUUUCCACCGGAGCAAAACCGGCAGCGAUUGCAACCGUUUCGAGCAAAAAUGUGACCGUUAGCGCGCGGGUUCGCCUGUGUGAAAGAAUCUCUAGAGGGUCAAUCACUGCCUCUCUGUAUUCUAUCUGUACUUCGGUCAGUCGUUCCUCCUCACCUGAUCCUUCUUCCUCUCUCGCUCUCUCCGUCUCUCUUGUGCGAUCUUUUGCUCCUCAAUCCUCUGAUCUUCGUCUGAGAAGCUUGGAGUCCAAGAGAGGUCGCUGGGACGACAAUGCUGCCGCCGGGCUUCUUGUUCAGACCGAGCGACGAGGUUCUCCUCGUCACCUACCUCAAGAACAAGUUACUUCAGUGGCCUCUUCCCUGCGAUGUUAUUGUGGAGGCUGACGUCUAUGGAUGCCACCCCCAGGACUUGGCUUGUAAUCAUCUUGUGCUUCUCCAUUGUCUUCUUUUUUGAUUCACGGUUUCUAACCCUUUCUUUGAGUUUUCUUGGGUUGUUUCAGUGGAGUAUCUCAUGGCAAACAGGGACUUCGAGUGGUUCUUCUUCACUUCUACCCCUCGGAAGCAUCCAGGCGCAAGCGAAACCAGCCGUGCAUCUCGGCGCGCAGGCCUGGGACGAUGGAAGGCCACGAAAGGUGUCAAGAACGUGGUGGAUUCCAAGAAUAACACCAUUGGGUCGAAGAAGAGUUUCUGUUACAUGGAACAGAACUCGGACGGUGGCGAGAACAAAAGUAUCUGGUUGAUGGAGGAGUUCUCUAUGCAGAACCUUAGAAGGAGAGGUAGUGCUGGUGAGAUGAGGGACACAAAUGAGUUGGAUGACUGGGUCAUCAGCAAGAUUUACUUGACUCCAAAAGCUCGCAAGGCUCACGCUGAUUUGAAACAAUUUGCUAGUGCUACAUUGGAACCCGCUUUCAAAAGAAGAAGGAUAGAGCUAGAAUACAUGAUGGUGCCACCUGGAUUUAUUUUCCAGCCAACGGAUGAGGAGCUCUUGGAUUUCUUCCUCAAGGAGAAGCUCCUCCAUCAGCCACUUCCAUGCGACAUAAUCAAAGAAGCCGAUGUCUAUGGAAACCACCCUAGCAACCUUACUGGUAAACAUAUUAUAUAUAUAUAUAUCAACACCAUGAUCUCUUCUUUUUCUUAUUCUCUAUCUAUAUUUGCUAUGAUUAAGGUUCCUAACUCGUCAUCCUUUUCUUGGGUUCCUUUCUUUAGGUCAAAUGGCCAUGGAAAAUAGAAACUCGGAGUGGUUCUUCUUCACCUGGACCACUCGAAAGCAUCCAAAUGCAGAAGCCAGCACAAGGGCAUCUCGGGUUGCAGGCCAAGGUCGUUGGAAAUCUACCCAAUCGGUGAAGCUAGUGCUCAACAGCAAGGGCCAGGUCAUUGGCUCCAAGCAAAACUUCAUCUAUAUGGAACGCACCCCCUUGGGCAAGGAGGAAAAGAGCAUCUGGUUGAUGGAAGAGUACUCCAUCCAGAACCUUAGAAGAAGAUGUGGUG